UUGCAGAACCGCUGAAGUGGCUCCUUUCUCGCCCCUGCACCAUCGGUGUGUAUCGUGCACGAAGGCGCAGCCUGGUCGGCCUUGUAACAAGCAGCCAUGGCGAUGUCCUCUUACCAGGACACCGGUCGCAGCGUGCUCGUGGCGGCGGCCUGCAGCUGGUGCCUGUUCUGGACCAUGAUCGUGAACCGCAGCGGCGGCAUCGUGUUCAUCACCAUGAUUUCCGAAAUGGGCGCCUCACGCCAGGCCGCCUCGUGGCCUUUCUCGCUCCUGGGCGCCGUCUCCAACAUAUUUGGUGUCGUGACGGGAGUACUCCUGCAAAAGCUGCCCCUGCGAAGAGUGUCUAUAGCUGGCAGUUUACUGGUGGCUGUUGGCAUACUUCUCAGCGUGGUCUUCUACGGCGUCAUCGGUAUCACCAUCUGUAUUGGCAUCAUAACCGCCAUUGGUCAAGGGAUGAUUUUCCCUUCCAACAUGGUGGCCAUUAACACAUAUUUCCACAAGUACCGCGCGACUGGCAGCGGCAUCAGCUACGUGGGUGGCACCCUAGUGUCGUUCAUCUUUCCGUCGCUACUCGUGCACAUGCAUGAACAAUACGCGCUUCGUGGCACGCUGCUCAUCAUCAGUGGCCUCACGCUCAACGCCGUGGCGGGAUCGCUGCUCGUUGCCAAGCCUGAUGAAGCGCUUCUUAGACGAGCACGACUCCAGCCGGAACGGGAGACCGCCGCUAAGCUCCUUAACGAGGCAGGCCGAACGAAAGUUUCGCGGAGCGAGGAACUCAGCUUCUUGCGGCGGCCAAUCUACUACGUGAUUGUUUUCACGGGCGUUGUGUUUGCCUACAAUCUCGUCAUGUUCAGCGUUACCGUAGUGGACCACGCCAUGGGCCGUGGCCUCUCCAAGCUGCAGGCUGCUUUACUGCUGUCGUGCUACGGCGCCGGAGAGUUCAUCGGGCGCAUAUGUUCCGGCAUUGUCUCGGAUAAGAAGCUGUGGCACAGACGUGACUGUAGCGCCGCUAGCUUCUUGCUUGCUUCACUCUCCUUGCUGGCUCUCAACCACGGGGACUCCAUCCUGCUCGGAGGGGCAAGCGUGCUGUUUGGCCUCACUGGCGGCAGCAUAAUGAUACUCUUCUCCGUCCUCAUCGUUGAGUAUUUCGGCCUCAAGAAGCUGCCCAUGGCCAUCGGUAUACACUGCCUGGUGAACGGCCUCUCGGCACUUCCUAGGCCGCUGAUUAUAGGUUAUUACAGAGACCGGGGUUCAUCUUAUGCCGGCAUGUACGUGAUGCUCGCCGCUGUCUCGUUAACAACAAGCCUCCUCUGGGCCAUCGAGUGCUUUAUGAAGUGGCGAGCCGAGAAGGUGACGACGCGUGUGAAUGAGAAGGCACCUUCGGUUAGUGAGAAGGCUGCCUCAGAAACGUAGGCAGUGGUGUUUUUUCACCGGCAAAUUGUGCGGUGGGUGCCGACUGACCGCUACAAGUGAUCCAGGACAGCGCUUCCGACGUUCGCCGUUCAGAAAAUCGACGAAUGUUCCAAGAACUCGUUUCGUCCAGCAAACCGUUGCCUUGUUCUAGUACGUUGGUGACAUGUCAGAUGUAUUCAGGGACUUGCUGACGAUUAGAUGCCAGCCGUAGAGGAACCAUGACUUGAAAUCAUGUAUAACAAGAAAAAGUGAAGAUACAAACUCUACUUUCACCUGUUUGCCUGGGACUUUUCUGUUAAGUCUAUACACUGAUAAAGCGACACUGAUGUUCGUGUACCAUCUAGCUUAUUUUUUCAGUCAGGUCGAUUAGAGCUUCUGAACAAAUAAUUCGUGUUUUACACAUAUUGAUGUUGCUCAGAGUUUCUGCAUUCGCAAAUUGUAUCGUUAUUGGAGUCUGCCGGAUACAUCGUGUCUCCAAAAUGCCUGGAAACCAGCUAGUCAUCGCAAUCUCUGGCCGGUGAUAAAACAAAGGUGGCUGCAAGAAACGCCUCUGUUUCGCGAAAGUUAUCCUUGUUUAUGUAAUAUCAGUGCUGUGACGCUGAGCAUCUUCUACAGCCUGUAUAUGCUGUACUGAGAGGCGUACUAGAGUAAAAG